AUGGAGGGCGUUGAUCUCACCACGGCCAUGCUGAACAAAGGCAAACAGAUGGCCAGCGUCGCUGCCUCGGCCGCCAAUGGCAGUACUACCAAGAAGAGGCGAAAAGGCACCGACCUGAAGCCUAUCGUCACCAAUGAUGCCGACGCCGAUGCCACCGGCGCCGCCUCUGCUCCGUCCACUGUCAAGCCCGGCGUUUCGCGCACCCCCUCCGUCGAGUCCACACCCGAGCCCGAAAACACCGCCGAGGAGGAGGACUCCGAGGACUAUUGCAAGGGCGGCUACCACCCUGUCGCCGUCGGCGAGACGUACAAUAACGGGCGCUAUGUCGUGGUGCGCAAGCUGGGCUGGGGCCACUUCUCCACCGUCUGGUUGUCGCGCGACACCACGACCGGCAAACACGUCGCGCUGAAGGUCGUUCGCUCCGCCGCCCACUACACCGAGACCGCUAUCGAUGAAAUCAAAUUGCUCAACCGCAUCGUCCAAGCCAAACCCUCUCACCCCGGCCGCAAGCAUGUCGUCAGUCUGCUUGAUUCCUUCGAGCACAAGGGUCCCAACGGUGUACAUGUCUGCAUGGUCUUCGAAGUGCUCGGCGAGAACCUGCUGGGCCUCAUCAAGCGCUGGAACCACCGCGGCAUUCCUAUGCCGCUCGUCAAGCAGAUUACCAAGCAAGUCCUGCUGGGUCUUGACUAUCUUCACCGCGAGUGCGGCAUCAUCCACACUGAUCUGAAGCCCGAGAACGUUCUUAUUGAGAUCGGCGACGUUGAACAGAUUGUUCGUGCGCAUGUGCAGCAGGAAGAAGCCGCGAAGAAGGACAAGGAGGACAAUCGCAAUGGUCGCCGCCGGAGGCGCACCCUUAUUACCGGCAGCCAGCCGCUGCCCAGCCCGCUGAACUCCAGCUUCAGCAGCUUCGACUUUAAGCACACCUCCUCUAACUCACACAGCAGCCUCAACCAGAUGGUCAACGAUGCCGGUGAGCCCAUGGAUCUGACUCCUGACUGCACUGUUGAAGUUCUAACCCACGAAGCAUCGGAAGACUCGCCCUCCAUGAAAGAGGCACUUGGUAUCAAAGAGCAGGACGAGCAGCAGAGUCAGAGAGAGAAGACAACCGAUCUCCUGGAGAGAGAGGUGUCGGGCAUCUCGCUCAACAAGUCCCCCCAAGCUGAGGACGAAAUCGAUUCAAACAUUAUCUCUGUCAAAAUUGCCGACCUGGGCAACGCCUGCUGGGUUGGCCACCACUUUACCAACGACAUCCAGACCCGCCAAUAUCGCUCCCCGGAGGUGAUUCUUGGUGCCAAGUGGGGUGCCAGUACGGACGUGUGGAGCAUGGCGUGCAUGGUCUUUGAACUUAUUACUGGCGAUUACCUGUUCGAUCCGCAGUCGGGCACAAAGUACGGUAAGGACGACGAUCACAUUGCCCAAAUCAUCGAACUGCUCGGUCCAUUCGCCAAGUCGCAGUGUCUGUCCGGUAAAUGGUCGCAAGAGAUUUUCAACCGCAAGGGCGAACUCCGUAAUAUCCACCGCCUGCGCCACUGGGCCCUGCCCGAGGUCCUGCGUGAGAAGUACCACUACACCGUCGAAGAGAGCAUGCGCAUCAGCGAAUUCCUUCUCCCCAUGCUCGACCUCUCGCCCGAGAAACGUGCGAAUGCCGGCGGUAUGGCCAGUCACGAGUGGAUGAACGAUACGCUGGGAAUGGACGGUAUCACCCUGGGCAUUCAGCCAGGUACCCGCGGCGAAGGGAUUGACGGGUGGGCGGCAGAAUUCAAACGGCGAUGA